AUGGGGAGCGGAUCUUGGGUUGCUUUAACAGCGACAUUUAUUGCAGUUUCCGCAGUUUUCAUAUAUUUGGCACAAAAGAAAAUAAUCACUUUAGUCGAUCCUGAGAAGAAAUAUUCGUUACCAUUGAUUGCUAAGGAAGUAAUAAGUCGAGACACCGUAAAAUUUCGUUUUGGAUUACCAUCUGAGGAGCAUGUUCUUGGUUUACCAGUUGGAAAACAUAUCCAUCUCACUGCUAAGGUUCAUGGAAAGCUAGUUGUUCGGCCGUAUACUCCAAUAUCAUCUGACGAUGACAAGGGCUAUGUAGAACUUCUGGUAAAAAUAUACAGGGCAAACCAGCAUCCGAAAUUUCCAGAAGGUGGCAAAAUGACCCAGUAUCUUGAUACCCUGUCAAUAGGUGACAAAAUUGACUUUAGAGGUCCAUCAGGAUUGAUAGAAUAUAAAGGUCAUGGUGUGUUCGAGACGAAAAAGAAGAAAACUGACACACCGACAAAGCAGGCUUACAGUAAAAUUGGUAUGAUUGCUGGUGGGUCUGGCAUUACACCGAUGUUACAAAUUAUUCGUGCAAUUCUUGAGGAUGAUACUGACGAUACUGUAGUUUUUCUUCUUUUUGCGAACCAAUCAGAAGAAGAUAUUCUAUUAAAGAACGAGAUAGACAAAUACGCUAGAGAAAAUCCUUCAAAACUUAACAUUUGGUACACUGUAGAUCGCCCUCCUGCAAACUGGUCCUACUCGUCAGGCUUUAUCAAUGAAGAUAUGAUUAAAAACCAUUUUCCUCCUCCGAGUGAUGAUCUUGUCAUUUUACUCUGCGGUCCUCCACCUAUGAUCAACUUUGCAUGCAUGCCAAACCUGGACAAAUUAGGGUAUGCUGCCGAAACUCGCUUGAUCUUUUGA